AUGUCGAUCUGCGUAGCAGAUUUUCCCCAGACCUGGCAGAAGCCCUCGUCCGAGGAACUGCUGGCAGCUCUCAAACAGCUUCAGGUUGAACCUCCGAUCUGGAAUCCCGGUACUUCUAGAAAAGUUAUACUAGAGAGCUGCCAAAACGCUGCCCAGCUCCGCCGUGAAGUUGCUGCAUAUCUGUCUAGCAUAAUCAAGAGUAGUCUUGCGUGGAUCCAGGACGAAGACGAGAAAGAAGCGGUGUGGGAUGAGGCAAGCCGGCGCCUUGCAGAACGCUGCGGUAGAGCGGGGAUGGGUGAGAUCACGCGAAGAUGGCCUCUUGAAGCUCAAGGACCAUCUCCUUUCGAGCUGGUCAUCCGGGAGCCUCCCAUUACCGGCGACUCCCUCGGCUUGAAAACCUGGGGGUCUUCAUAUCUGCUCGCACAGUCGCUAGGCGGUAUUGCGAAAGAAUCCCUCUCCCAUAUACUUAACUUAAGACGUUCGAAUGAAUCCCUAGAUGUUCUAGAAUUGGGUUCGGGAACAGGGCUCUUGGGUAUGGCUGCUGCUGCCAUUUGGCAAACCAACGUAGUUUUGACUGACCUCCCAACUAUCGUACCUAACCUAGCCUUCAACAUCGAGAGGAAUAGAUCUACUAUUAAGGCCCUAGGAGGGAAAGUUGAUCCGGGUGUUUUAAUUUGGGGCUCUGAAGACGGCAACACCGAGCGAUUUAAUUCCAAGAACCAAUUCAAAAUUGUUCUUGCUGCAGAUCCUCUAUACGAUGACGACCACCCAGAGCUCCUAUCGUCUGCGAUAGUUGCGCACCUAGCCCAAGACAAAGAUGCUAGGGCCAUUGUGAUGGUACCUCAGCGAGACUUGACCACCAAGAAACUAGUCGCAAAAUUCUUGUCUAUUAUGAUUGUUUCUGGGCUAAGCGUGCUAGAGCAGCACACCUUAGUUGGCCAAGAUGACUGGGAUGAAGACGGUGAGGAUUCGGGAAUAGAAUGCUGGUGGGCUGUUUUUGGGAGACAGUAA